AUGCAGCUUCCUACUCUCCUCCUCACUCUCCUCAGCGCCACCGCCGUCAUGGCCCUCCCCUCGGCGGAGACCAGCAACGCAGACCUUGCCGCCCGCGGUGACAGCGGGUGCUUCCCUUUUUCUGACCCCGAUUGCGGCAUCCCCACCUCUUACUGCCGCUGUGCCAAUGGAUGGUACUACCUCUUCAACUCGGACGAGGGUGGCUGCAACCCUCCCUGGGGCUUCGUGGCCACUGAUAUCAGCGGCGUGCCUGGCUGGUACUGUUAAGAGCUCGACUAUUGAAAGGCCGGGCUUGUUGACUUGAAAUUGAAAGGUCCGGGAGGCUUUGAGCGAG